CUUAAUUGUUAAAAAAUGGCUACUCCCAGAUCUUGUGUGAAACACUGUCAUAGAUUCUUGUUCACUAGUACUCCAGUAUUUGGUCUGAGCAAUCUGUUUAAAAAAAUUGUCUUUGGAAAUGAAAGUCCAUUGCCCAUUGGGACAUUAACUCCUAAAGAGUCGAAACUCCGUCCAUUGAAGUUGAGCAGGAAUGAACUUGAAGUGAAAGUUAAAGAAAUGGCGACCACUAUCUUACCAAUUAGUGAUAAUGACGAUUGGACUAGAAAUAGGAUUGAUCAUAAUUUGGAGAUGAAGAGCAAAAUCCUUUACGAGUGUGAGAAGCAGUUCCAGCGACAGGUACCCAGUAAUGCCCUAAAAGGUAUAUCAACUCUUGGGGACAUUGUAUCAUUCUUUCACACUCCUCCUGCCCCUCCCCCUGGCCUCCUCUUCCCUGAUCUCAGGGACCAAUCAAAGUUACCACAGAAUCUCUCAGUUGAGCUGCCUAGUCAAGCAAAGCCCAGAGAGAGGGUUCCAUUUCAGAACUAUGACAAUCCUAAACACUCUCACUUUCCUAAUAAGAAAGAACUCCAGAAGCAGUACCAGGCAAGAUACAAAGGGAAAGGUGGGAAGAAGUAGACUAAUAGUCUUGUACACUAUUCAAUGAUAUCCCAUUGUGUAUAAUAAUAAUAAUGAUAUUAUAUUGAAAUAAAAAUAUUGAUAUACAAAAAUAA